UAUUGAGGGAUUAAAAAGGAGAGAGAACAGUGAGAAACGCAGAGGGGAGCGAUCACAGUUGUUUAUGCUAGGAGGGUUCUUCCCAAUCUAAGAUCCGUCUCCCAUUUUAUUCUUUUCAGAAAAACCCUAACUCUUAUUUAUUUUCAAUUUCAAAUUUUUCAGUUUCUUUAUUGUAAUUAUUGAAUUGCUUUGUUUUUUACCCUUCUCCAUCUUCACUCGUCAAUCGCUUUUUCACUCUCAAAAUACAAAAAAAAGAGCAAAACAAAACUACAAACCCUAAUCAUCAAUGGUUACCACAGCCAAAUCUCCCCAUCAUCACACCUCGUCUACUGCUCCCGAGCAGCUGCAGUCUGUCGAUGCCAGCAGUCCCAAGUUCCCGCGAAAAAACUUUCCCUCGCCUUGGGCUCAAGUGGUUCGCGGCGGAGAACCGGAAUCUGCGUCUGUCAUUCAUCAAUCGCCGCCAUCAACGUCAUCCUCCUCUUCAUCACUGAUUACGGACCAGGCCCUCUCGUCUGACUGUUCUCCCAAGGUUAUUUUUCUGUCGUCGCAGAUGGACAAUUCCAACACGGUUGGUGUUGCUGAUACCUCUGAUGUGGCCGAAGACAAUGCUGAUCGUUCUAAGAAACCCGUUUGGAAUAAGCCCUCAAACGGCGUCGUCGAGACUGGACCUGUAAUGGGCGCUGAAUCGUGGCCUUCGUUGUCUGCAUCCACCAAAGGUUCUGCCAAAUUGCCAGCUGAAUCGUCCUCCAAGACCGUUGCUGAUGGAUCACUCUCAACUUCUCAGGUGCCAAUGACUUCACAGACUCCUCAGAAACCAUCUAAUACUAAUGCAAAAGCUAAUCCUGCAACAAAUUAUAAUAUGCCUGUUAGACAAAGAUCGAUGAAGCGGGUAGGUGGCAGUGGCAUUGUGUCUGGUCCUUCCCAGAGCAACUUCUCUGAUCCUCCUCCACCACCGCCACCACCACCUUUUCCUGUAUACCAUCUCCCGCCAGUUAGCUAUGGUAUGGUACCGGUGGUACCUGAGCCUGCUCCAAGAGAUCAUUACCGGAACAGUAAUUGGGACCCAAGAUCAAUGAUGGGGGGUUUUGUGCCCGGGAUGAAUGAAUAUCGUGGUUCAUCUCACAGGAGUUAUUUUGGGCAUAAUCCCCGAGGAGAUGGUUCCUACCAUAAUAGCUACGGUAGCAGGCAUGAUCAAGAUCGCCGAAAUUAUGGGAAUACUAGAGACACUUUUGUGCCUCAACCAAGGAUGCCUCCAAGAGGAUUACUGAGGCACCCACCUCCUAGCCCUGCUGCUUUUGUGGGUCAUCAGCCCAUUGGACCAUUUGCUAACCCCAUGGGUUUUUCUGAGUUUUAUUACUAUCAGCCAGUAACAAUGGACCAGUUUACUGGUAUGCCUUAUUUCACGCCCAGCCCUCCUCCUACAACAUUCUUUCCAGCUGCUGACUCUGCUCUCUCCAAUAUGAUACAACGCCAAAUUGAAUAUUACUUUAGUGACGCUAAUUUAGUGAGGGAUGGGUUUUUAAGGUCUAAAAUGGAUGAACAGGGUUGGGUUCCUGUUACUUUGAUAGCUGACUUUCCUCGAGUUAAAAGUCUUACAACCAAUGUUCAGUUGAUCUUGGAUUCUAUGAGAACUUCCACGAUUGUGGAAGUGCUGGGUGACAAGUUGAGAAGACAUAAUGAAUGGAUGAGAUGGGUGUCCUCUGCUAUUACACGGUCUGGAUCUACUUCUACUGCAUCGUCUCCCCGAGGGUCAAGAUACAAUAACUUGACAACUAAUUUUCAAGCUAUCACCCUGGAAGAAACAACAGUCCUGUAGUCUGGCUCAACUCUCCAAUGCAAGUACCAGUUCAACUGUAUUUAAAUAAUCUACUCAAACCAGAUUUCUUAACCUUUUUGGCACGUGGUCUUAGGUUAUUUUUAUUUUUUGGAGGUGUGAUGGGAAUGGAGACUGUGGUAGUUGAUGAUUCUUUCAACAAUCUCGAUUUUGAUAGUAAUUUUGAGUGAAGUAGAGGAAGGAAAUAAGAGUCAUUCACAUUUGUUAUGGUAAAGGAGGAAAAAAAGAAGAGAAGAACUAAUUAGAAAAUAAGAGAGAAAAAAUAAUUAGAAAAAAGAACUUUAAAAUUUUGAUUGAGGCUGAUUUAUGGAGGUUAUUGGUUUGUAUAGCUUAUAUUUGAUUUGAUGAAUAUUUCCAUUUUUUUU